AUGGAAAGUUAUUUAAAAUACCUAGUUUUAAUGUUUUGUGCAAAAUUUCUUGAUGGUGUAAAGUUCAGGUGUGAUUAUCAGUACAAUGACAUAGGGUGGUCCAAAUAUCACAAAAUACCAGCGUCUUGGCCUGACGCUCGCUUGAUGUGUCAACUUGAAGGUGGAAUUUUAGCUUCUCCCACAUCGUCUGAAUUGAAGGCUGUGAUGUUACCGUACAUUGGUAAAAUUGACAUAUUCACUGGAAUUCAUUCAACUUUUUCUAACGGGCAUUUCUAUCAUUCCAUUAAUGGAAUACCACUUGAUAAAAUUUCACACGAAUGGGCCAACUCAGAGCCAGAUAACAAAAACGAUUCUGAACGAUGUCUAACCUUAAAUUGUGAAGGCAAAUUGUCUGACGUAAGAUGUGAGGAACCACGGCCUUAUAUAUGUUACAGGGAACAUUCACAUAUCGACACCAAUAUUUGUGGGACUCCAGAUCCAGAAUAUCAAUUUCAAAGUGUCACAAACAAAUGUUAUAAGUUUCACACAAAGCCGCGAUCGUUUGCCCGAGCCCACUUCGCCUGUUCGGCAGAAAGUGGCCAUCUUGUUAUUAUAAACAGUGAAGAUGAAUCGAAGCUCAUUGGUGAAAUUUACGCCAAGUAUUUGGGAAAAAUGGUUGGCAACUUUAGAAAAGAUGUUGCUUUCAUUGGUUUUCAUAAUUGGAAUGAAGGCGGUGAUUGGAUGACGAUUCACGGUCAAACACUCCAGGAUGCAGGUUUCGAUAAAUUUACAAAAGGAACUCCUAAUAACCGAACUACAGGUGAAUAUUGUGGAUCAAUAUUACCCGAUGGAUUACUGAACGACUUAUAUUGUGAAGAACAUUACGCAUUUAUUUGCGAAAAAAGCCCGGACUAUCCAGCAGUUUGCGAUUUUCUCGGCCAAGAACAGAAGGGCUCAGUAAAUGUAUAUUGA